UCCUUCUCACUCACAUACUCACAAGUUUCAUCUCUAAUACAUAGUAUGAAUUGAGUCUUUCUCUCUCUCUCUCUCUCUCUCUCUCUCUCUUCACCCUAUCUCAUCCUCUUUCUUUUUCUGUCUUCUCUAUCUUCCUUCUUUUCGUCUUCCUUUUUUCUUUCUCUCUCUUCGCUUACAAAAUUUUCUCUUUCUCUUCUCUCUUCAUUUAAUGUUGGGCUUCAAUACAACGAACUUAAAAAUAAACUAUGGAUUAGAUUCUCUCUUUUAUCUUCUUCUCUCUUUUUUUUCUCAUCAUCUUCUUUCUUUUUUUAAAUGAAACGUUCGUACAUUUUUCUCUUUCUUUUCUCUCUUCUCUCUCUUUUCUCUUUCUUACCUUUAUCAUCAUCAUCAUCUUCUUCUAAUACAACUUCUUCUACCUCUUCUCUGCACAACCAAAACCACCAACAACAUCAAGUUACCUCUCCUUCGAGAACGACGACCACGACGACGAAUACGUAGUCCUCCUCAUCUUCAUCAUCCUCCUCAUCUUUAUCUUCUUUCUUUUUAAAGUUACUUAUCAUCUUCUUUCUUUUUUUUUCUCUUCCUUCUCCUCUCUCUCUCUCUCUUUCUCUCUCUGGUCAACAAACAAACACACAAACACAUACACACCGUUGCCUUUGAUUUUUCACCUUUCAUCUUCAUCAUCCUCAUCCUCAUCAUCUUCAUCUUCAUCAUCGACAACAACAAACCAAGAAGUAUCAACAUCAACAACAAUUUUAAUUUAAUCAACAAUCAAAUUUGAUUAUUAUUAUUAUUAUUAUCACUGAUUCUUUUUAUUUUUAUGUUACCAGAAACAAAUUCACCAACGAUAACUUCAUCAUCUUCAUCAACAAUAAUUACACCAUCAUCCUCAUCACCAUCACCAUCAACAAUAACAACAACCACACCACCAACACCAACCUCACCAACAAUAAUAUUAUCACAAUCAACAUCAUUAACUUAAACAUCAACAACAACAAUUUGUAAAUUGUUACUACAACGAAACGCGAAAUAAUUUUUUCUUGAAAAAUUUUUUCGAUUCUCGAUUUUUGUUUUGUUUUGUUUUCUUCCGUUUUUAUUAAUUAAUCAUAAAUACACUUGAUUCAUUCAUUCAUCAUCAUAAUCAACAACUAAAUUGUGUUCUGUGCUGUUAAUUGUUUAAUUGGAUUCUCACAUCCUUCUGGUUUAAUUGUAAAGUGUCACCUCAUCUGUGUGUGAGUGUUUAAACCAACAUUUUGUUUCCAUCACAAUUAAAUCAGUGAACAAUUAGUUAGAACAAUUAAUUUCAAUGUUUGGGAAUUACUCUAAAAUAGAAUCGCCUCACAGUGGCUCAAUUAAAGCCCAAAUUGAGAUAAUCCCAUGUAAAGUUUGCGGUGAUAAAUCAUCCGGAGUUCAUUAUGGUGUAAUAACGUGUGAGGGUUGUAAAGGUUUUUUCCGUCGCAGUCAAUCAUCAUCCGUUAAUUACCAAUGUCCAAGGCAGAAAAAUUGUGUCGUUGAUCGUAUUAAUCGUAAUCGUUGUCAAUACUGUCGUCUUAAAAAAUGUCUUAACCUUGGAAUGUCAAGAGAUGCAGUUAAAUUUGGUCGAAUGUCCAAAAAACAGAGAGAAAAAGUUGAAGAUGAGGUUCGAUUCCAUCAAGCACAAAUGGUCCGAACACCAGGAAGUGGUGGAGGAGGACCAGGUUCUGGUGGCGGUGGUAAUGGGCCAGGGUCAACAAUAGGUCCAGGUCAUCAAGCAUCAUCUCAUUCAAUGCCAUCUUCAAAUACACCAACCCAAUCAUAUCAAACCGCUGAACCAUCACCCGAUUCAUCAGUGUUUGAUCAACAACCUCCCCAACAGCCAACCUCUUCCUCCUCAAAUCCUCAGCCCAUCGUUAGUCCUUUCACAUCAAAUGGCGUUUAUCAUUAUCAGACAACAAUGAAUUCACCUUAUGGUGAUCACACAUUAUCCAAUGGUUAUUAUACACCCAACAUGGUUGGACUUGAUUUAGUUGGUUCAGCCGGAGGUGGACCUUCAACUACCGGUAGUGGUAAUGGUGGACCAGGAUCUACUGGUGGAGGUACAGGUCUUAAUGGGUCAAAUAAUGGUUCCAAUAAUAAUAAUGGAGGUGGGGGAAUAGGUUCUAAUAAUAAUGGUACAGCAAAUGAUUCAUAUGCUGAUUCAACAACUUUCACCGAUCAGAAACCUUGCCUUGAUGUAGUGCCCGAUAGUUCACCGUUAAAUAAUAAUGGACUUAUUAUUGAUUUAGAGAAACCGUUAAUCUCCCUUGAAUUGGAUAAAGUGAUACAAAUAAUCUCAAAUGCCUAUCGGAAUGCUAACGGGUGUUCCUUUACCUCUGAAGAGAUUGGUAUCUCUUGGGAUAUGGAUGAAGAUAUCGUCGAUUUUAAGAAAUUGAAACACGAAGAGAAAUGGUUUAAAUGUGCUAAUAAAUUGACCGAAGUGAUACGUCGAGUUAUCGAAUUUGCUAAAUGGAUUCCCAAUUUUCAUAAUCUGCCUCAAGAUGAUAAGAUAAUCCUUCUUAAGACUGGUUCGUUUGAGCUUUGCUGCCUCCAGAUUAGCCGAUGUUAUGACCUCAACACGGGUCGGGUCAUUUUUAACAAUCGUUCAAUGUCGGUACAAGAUUUUCUUACCGAUGAUAAUAUUGAAAAUCGUUUGGUAACAAAGGCUUUUAAUUUAGCUGAAUCGAUCGCCUCAAUGGAAUUACGUGAAGAAGAAUUAGCUUUAUUCUCAGCCUUUACUUUAUUAUCUCCAGAACGUCCUGGUCUUGGUAGUAUACAUCGUAUUUCACAGAUGAACAAGAACCUGAAAGAAGCAUUAAGAAUGUUAUUAAAGGAGAAUCAACAUGAUUCGAUUAUGCCCGAUUUAACAGCCAAGACACAAGAAUUGACGAUGUUAAAUAAGCUCCACAUGGAUGCGCUGGUUAAUUUCACCCAAACUUGCCUGAAAUCAUCCAUAGAUGUUCAAUUCCCUGCGUUAUAUAAAGAACUGUUUUCCUAAGUAUUUUGUAUCUUAAAUCAUCUUUUUUUGCUCUCUCCUUCCUCCCACUUUCUACUUCCUCUUCUUCCUCAGCUUCAUCAUCUUCAUCAUCUUCUUCUUCUUCUUCCUUACUUUUUUUUCUCUUCUUCUUCCCAUUUCCUCUUCCUCAACUUUACAAACCUUUUAAUUGACAAACAUCAACAAACACAAUAUACAAAAAUACAUCAGCACAUUAAACCGGUUGAAACAAUUAACAUUUAACAACAAUUGAAGCCAAAAUAAGAAAUUACAACUUAACUAACAAUGAUUAAGAAUAAUUUAUAAUCAAUAGAUUUCAAUCAUAUAUUUAGUUACCAAAUGAUUUUUAUCGUUGAUUUAAAUUGUAACUUUUUCUCAAUUUUUUUUUCUCACUCUUAUUGUUAAAACAAAACUUUUUACAACUUCAAACGAAACACCAACAACAUCAACAACCUUUCACAUGUGUGUGUGUAUAUCUUACCUGUUUGUUUCAUUUGUUUGUCUGUUGAUUAUUAUGAUUAUUACUAUUAUUAUAAUUACUAUUAAUUAAUUGAUAAUAUUAUUAAAUUAAAUGAAAAAAAAAAUUUUACAAAUAACGAAAAAAAAAGCAACCAGAGAUUGAAAAUUAAGAUACAAAAUACUUAGGAAAACAUAAGCAUCUUUAAGCUAUUUAUAUAUAAGAUUUUUAAAACACCUUCUCUCUCUCAUCAUCUCCUAUUUCCUCUUCCUCCUAAUUUUAUCUUCUCUCUCCCUACCUCCCUUGUCCUCUUAUUUUCUUCCUCCCCCCAUCUAUCACUCUAUUUCCAAAAUCUUAUGUUAUUUAUUGAAAUCUAAGUUAUUUGAAAAAACAGAGUAACAAACGCAUAUAUAAAAAAAAGCAUUCGCAAAAUUA